GAAGCGGCUUCGGAUUCUGGUCAGGCGGAAAUGGCGGAGGAGAUGAGGCAGGAACUCUUGGCACUGGCCGCGAUCUUCUGCGGGCCCCACGAGUGGGAGAUGUUGAGCUGUUCAGAGACAGAUGGGGCUGUCUUUAGAAUUCACACAACAGCUGAGGGACUUGCGGGUGAGGAUGUGCCCUUAGAGUUGGCGUUCCACUUACCAGCCGGUUACCCAUCGUGUCUCCCCGGCAUCUCGGUUAACUCGGAGCGUCUGACCAGGGCCCAGUGUGUUACCGUGAAGGAGAAGCUACUCGGAGAAGCCAGGAGGCUUCUGUCAGAACCGAUGGUUCACGAGCUGGUUCUUUGGACUCAGCAGAAUCUCGGACACAUCCUCAGCCAGCCAGAGACCGAGAGCAGCAAUGGGACGUGUACUCCGCCAGAAAGCUCGGCUGUGGACGGCGGACUGUGGAUGACUCUUUUGCGUUUAGAUCACAUGAGAGCGAGGACUAAAUAUGUGAAAGUUGUGGAGAAGUGGGCUUCAGAGUUAAGGCUGACAGGAAGGCUGAUGUUCAUGGGUAAAAUGAUACUGAUUUUACUACAAGGAGACAGAAGCAACAUCAAGGAGUACCUGAUUCUUCAGAAAACCUCCAAAGUAGAUGUGGACUCAAGUGGAAAGAAAUGCAAAGAGAAAAUGAUUAGUGUACUGUCUGAAACAAAAGUACAAACGGAACACAAAAGGUUUCUGGCGUUUGAAGUCAAAGAGUAUUCAACACUGGAGGAGUUACAAAAAGAAUUUGAAACUGCAGGACUUCAGGAGCUCUUCUCAGAGUGUGUACUUGGGCUGGUGAAAUGAGGAAGAAAAGCGAGUCCUGUUUUAUGGAAUAUUAAACAUGAAAAGAUCCCAUAUAUUCUAACGUUUGCCAGAAGAGACUAGGUUCAAUCGACGGGAUUGUCUGGAGGAGAAAUAAAAACCCAUGACGGUAAAGGAGCUGUUGUCUUUAUGUAGACAAUUUGUUUGGGAGUAUGCAAUUUCCAGGCUAAUUUUCUCGUAAUUAAAUGAUUUCUUAAAGUGA